ACUUCUUUCCUCACUGCCGCGCCCCCCAGCUGCCCUGGUUACGGUUGGUGCUUGCGAUUUCACUGCAGCGGUCUCCUCGCUGGCAGCCUGCGGCGCCGGGCUCCAAGUGCGGUUCAAUACGCGCGCGCCGGCGUCACGUGGGCCGAGGCUUCCUCGCGGAGGCUGGCUGGCUGGCCGCUGAGUCCUGAGGAAGGAGUGCGGCCUCCGCACGCCCGCCCACUGCGCCCUGGGGCGCGCGCGCGGAAUAAAAAUGGCGAAGUGGGAGUAGCUGCCACCGAACCCGAAGCGAUGAGGCGCGCAGGUGGAGCGGUCGUCGGAGACCCCUGACUUGGGCUCCUGGCUGUUCUCUGUGGCCGUUCGACCUGGCGACCUCGGGCCGCCGCCGACUGGGUCUGCUCGCGGACUCCGCGGGGCGCCGCGGGCCCCACCGAGAGCCGGAGGCAAUGGAUGAACUGAGCGUGGAGAGCAUUGCUGAGGUUUUCCGAUGUUUCAUUUGCAUGGAGAAAUUGCGGGAUGCUCGUCUGUGUCCUCAUUGCUCCAAGCUUUGUUGUUUCAGCUGUAUCAGGCGCUGGCUGACAGAGCAGAGAGCUCAAUGUCCUCAUUGUCGUGCUCCACUUCAACUUCGAGAACUAGUCAACUGUCGCUGGGCAGAGGAAGUAACACAGCAACUUGAUACUCUUCAGCUCUGCAAUCUCACCAAACAUGAAGAAAAUGAGAAGGACAAAUGUGAAAAUCACCAUGAAAAACUUAGUGUAUUUUGCUGGACUUGUAAGAAGUGUAUCUGCCAUCAGUGUGCACUCUGGGGAGGAAUGCAUGGUGGACAUACUUUUAAACCUUUGGCAGAAAUUUAUGAGCAACAUGUUACCAAAGUGAAUGAAGAGGUAGCCAAACUUCGUCGGCGUCUCAUGGAACUGAUAAGCUUAGUUCAAGAAGUGGAAAGGAAUGUAGAAGCUGUCAGAAAUGCAAAAGAUGAGCGUGUUCGGGAAAUUAGGAAUGCAGUGGAGAUGAUGAUUGCAAGGUUAGAUACACAGCUGAAGAACAAGCUAAUAACACUGAUGGGUCAGAAGACAUCUCUAACACAAGAAACAGAGCUGUUGGAAUCCUUACUUCAGGAGGUAGAGCACCAGUUGCGGUCUUGUAGUAAGAGUGAGUUGAUAUCUAAGAGCUCAGAGAUCCUCAUGAUGUUUCAGCAAGUUCAUCGAAAGCCCAUGGCAUCCUUUGUAACCACUCCAGUUCCUCCAGACUUUACCAGUGAAUUAGUACCAUCUUAUGAUUCAGCUACUUUUGUUUUAGAGAAUUUCAGCACUUUGCGCCAGAGAGCAGAUCCUGUUUAUAGUCCACCUCUUCAAGUUUCAGGACUUUGUUGGAGGCUGAAAGUUUACCCAGAUGGAAAUGGAGUUGUUCGUGGUUACUACUUAUCUGUAUUCCUGGAACUCUCAGCUGGCUUGCCUGAAACUUCCAAAUAUGAAUAUCGUGUAGAGAUGGUUCAUCAGUCCUGCAAUGAUCCUACUAAAAAUAUUAUUCGAGAAUUUGCUUCAGACUUUGAAGUUGGAGAAUGCUGGGGUUAUAAUAGAUUUUUCCGUUUGGAUUUACUUGCAAAUGAAGGAUACUUGAAUCGACAAAAUGAUACAGUGAUCUUAAGAUUUCAGGUACGUUCACCAACUUUCUUUCAAAAGUGUCGGGACCAGCAUUGGUAUAUUACUCAGUUGGAAGCUGCACAGACUAGUUAUAUCCAACAAAUAAAUAACCUAAAAGAGAGGCUUACUAUUGAGUUGUCUCGGACUCAGAAGUCAAGAGAUUUGUCACCACCAGCUAAUCAUCUUAGCCCCCAAAAUGAUGAGAUUCCUGAAACUCGAUCUAAGAAAUCUGGGUCGUGCACUGAUGUACUAGUCCCGGAUGGUGCUACUACAGCUUCUUUAAGAGACACCAAGGAGGAUGAAGAAGAUGAGGAGAAAAUUCAUAAUGAAGAUUACCAUCAUGAGCUUUCUGAUGGAGAUCUAGAUUUAGAUCUUGUUGGUGAAGAUGAAGUAAAUCACCUGGAUGGCAGCAGUUCCUCUGCCAGUUCUACAGCAACAAGUAACACAGAAGAAAAUGACAUUGAUGAAGAAACCAUGUCUGGAGAAAAUGAUGUGGAAUAUAACAAUAUGGAAUUGGAGGAGGGAGAACUUAUGGAAGAUGCAGCUGCUGCAGGACCUCCAGGUAGUAACCUUGGCUAUGUGGGUGCCAGUAGCAGAAUGUCAAGAAGAGCACAUUUAUGUUCUGCUGCUACAAGUAGUUUAUUAGACAUUGAUCCUUUAAUUUUAAUGCAUUUAUUAGACCUUAAGGACUGGAGUAGUAUGGAAAAUUUGUGGGGUUUACCAUCUCGCCCACCUGCUUCACUUUUGCAGCCCACAGCAUCAUAUACUCGGAAAGAUAAAGACCAAAGAAAGCAGCAAGCAAUGUGGAGAGUACCCUCUGAUUUAGAGAUGCUAAAAAGAUUCAAAACUCAAAUGGCUGGGGUUCGAUGUAUGAAAACGGAUAUGAAGAAUACACUUACAGAAAUAAAAAACAGCAAUGCUGCUUCUGGAGACAUGCAGGCUAGCCUAUUUUCUGCUGACCAGGCAUCUCUGGUUGCAUAUGGAACUGAAAACUCUGGUAGAUUACAGGAAAUGGAACUCCUGGCAAAGUCAUCAGUUUCUGGUUGUUAUAUACAAAACUCCACAAAUAAGAAGACUAAUUCCCCCAAGCCAACUCGGUCCAGUAUAGCAGGUAGUCUGUCACUUCGAAGAGCAGUGGAUUCUGGGGAAAACAGCCAUUCUAAGGAAGUCUGUCAAACUCUGUCUGAAGGUUCCCCAGGAAGUACACAGUCUGGGAGCAUGCACAGUUCUCCACGAGCCUUAACACAUGGAGGUAUCAGUGAUAUUCUUCCAAAAUCUGAAGACCGCCAAUGUCAAGCUUUGGAUUCUGAUGCUGUUGUAGUUGCAAUUUUCAAUGGCUUGCCUGCUAUUGAGAAAAGAAGGAAAAUGAUCACCUUGGGGGCUAACGCAAAAAGUGGUCAUCUGGAAGGAAUGCAAAUAACAGAUUUGGAAAAUAAUUCUGAAACUGGAGAAUUACAGCCUGUAUUACCUGAAGGAGCUUCAGCUGCUCCAGAGGAAGGUGUGAGUAGCGACAGUGAUAUUGAAUGUGAUACUGAGAAUGAAGAGCAGGAAGAACACACUAACAUAGAUACACAUUCCAGUUUUCCUGAUGGUGAACAAAUAGGCCCUGAAGAUCUCAGUUUCAAUACUGAUGAAAACAACGGAAGAUAAUUUGAUUUGAAAUGGACACUGCACCUGUGAUGGCUUAACAAGAUCUAGGCUUCAGAAAAUGACGUGAGUGAGGUCCACGUGUGGUGGUAACACAUGAGGAUGGUGCAAAGAGUCUGAUUAACUAGAGUUGAGCCUUGUUUACUCCCUCUUUUCAACCAUGUGUCAUGGGACUUGAGAAACGAAGAAAUUACGUCAAAAUCAAGAUAAAAUACUGAAAAAAGUCUACUUAACAUCCAAAUUAAAAAAAAUAAAAUCAUAGAUUGACAA